AUGACUCCUUCGUCCAACAACGAGGCAGCAGCGGCUGGGACUACGAGGGAUCAUCAGCAGUCGAUGCCUGCAGUUGCAGAGUCUGUACCCGAGUUGAUAGCAGCGUUAGGCAGUCUGGCUAGACUCACCCGUGAGAGAGCGGCCGACCGCCUCGCUGGGAUCUUGGUGUCCAUGAAGAGAGAUGUCGAUAGUGGUGAUACAGCAAAGCUAUCGGAUGUUACAGCUCUAGAAAACACCGUGCUUGAUUUGGUGUUAAGCCCUACUGCGGACAGUGUGUGGGAGUCAGUACAAUCGGCUCUGCUGGUUAUGGCCAAGGUUGAGCGUCAGUGUGGGGGAUUCAACCUCCUAGAGGACAACGAACUCUCUGGCCGAGUGGUCGAGGCCGUCCAUACUGCUCUGAAGGAUAAAGAAUACCGCGUUCGCCUCGCUGUAGGAGAUCUCCUCGAGGCCCAAAGCCAGCGAGAAGGCCGAGCAGUGUGGCUGAAAAUGAAGGAUUUCCUUCUCAAUGACAUUGAAGAUCACAGAGUCCGGAUUGUAGCUGCUGAUGAUAAUAAUGCCGCUCAUAGAGACGGACACCGUCCUGCUGCUCUCGGCCAUCAUGACACUGAGGGUUGGUCGUCCCUCGAGACCUCCAUGCGAGCUGUACAGAAGAUCGUGCUAGGCUGUGGACAGCAAUUUCGAGGGGAGGGAGGAUCUCUCGACAAGGAUCUCCUAGGCCUAGAGGCAGACGGCUGGGCUGAGUUCAGAGACAUGGUCGGGUGGAUCACCAAAGGCUUGAAGGAUAAUUGGAGUCAGGUUAGAUACGCGUCGUGUAUUGCUGCUAGAGCAGUGGUCACCAAGGUGGAUACCUUCACGGACCUCACUAUACGUGAUAGACUCACCACUCUGCCUGAUUUUGCCAACAUGGCUGUUGCCAUUUACCUCAACAGACACUACGUCGCCGAAGGUGUCCGUAUGCAUGCACAGGGCACUUGGCGUCUCUUAGUUGGGCCUCAAGGCGGGUCGUGGCUUCUUGUGGAGAACAUGCCGCUAGUCUUGGAUGUGCUAAAGGAGGUGGCCUCUCAUGCAAAUGCCUUGGCCAUGAAUGCUCCUAACCAUGCCGUACGGGAGGCUAGCUGCCACUGCGUUAGGGAGAUAGGCUCGAGGGUCCUUCCUGCUGCAGCUGAGACGAGUACAGCGGAGGCAUGUGAAGUGACCAUGCAGCGCCUCGUUGGUCUUCUGAGUGAGGCUACUCAGGAUGAAUCCUGGCCUGUAAGAGACACCGCGGCCCAGGCUAUAGGGGAGCUCUACUCCACGGCCUCUCUUCAAGCCAAGAAAGGGUCAUCGACCGGCAACAACGGCAGCAGAUGCUUUGAUACCAGUAAGCGUGGUGAGGAGGCAGAGGGAGCUCUAAGUGCGGCAGUUGAGGGCUUUGCUGCUACCUUGGAGAACCUCAUGCAGGACAAUAUCCCUUCUCUCCGUCGUGAUGCAGCAUCAGCCCUCGCUGAGCUAGCAGAGAAUCAGCCCUCUCGUGUGGACUUGUCGGCCAUCCUUAAGCGCCAUCUGGGGGCAGCACAUGAGCAGUCCCCUAAUUCCGAGUCGUUCUCUCAUUAUACUCCCAGUGGCCCCUUCUCGGUGCCUGCCAAGAAGGUAGCCCACGAGGACUAUGUCCCUCCUGAAGAGGUCAGUCAAGACACUGGCAAUGUAUCGAAUCAGACUAUGUACAGUUGCGGCUCUCUGGCGCCGAAGACCCACUUAGGGCAUCUCAAGAAGAAGAGUCCAGGUGGUGGGUGUAUGAACUGUUCCAGCGGUGAGGAUAGAUAUGCAGUUGCUUGGGAGCGCAGUGAUGGUGCUGUGGACCUGUUGGCCUCGGCGUGUCUGCUCCGUAACGAUCCGACCGAUAUCCUCGAUACGUUUAUGCCCACACUUGAGGGAAUAUUCAAACUCUCCCACUUCAAGCAUAACGUGAAUCUCAAGAGGACCAUAUGCGAGAGGUUUAUGGAAGUUAUUCGCGCUCGCCCCGAGGUCCGUCCGAGGCUCGGCGGCAUCCGUCAGCAGUGCUUGGAGUUGCUCGAGGACUCCGCCAGCACCGAGGAAAGCCUUCGGACGGCACGUCUGUGCUUUGAGGACUUCGUCAAGGCUACUGCUGUGUCUGCAUCUCUUUUCAAGGCGGCCGCAGCUCUACAGAGGAAGGCUCCUGAGGUGCCACCUCGAGAGGAACUAGCAGACUUGGCGGUGUCGGCAGAGGGAGCUCUCAAGUCGGACCCCAGGAGGUUCGUUGACAUCUCGCAUUGCGUUGCCAGCAUAGUGCCACAAAGCAUGCUUGUCGAUUAUCGAAAGGUAUUUUUAUCGAGAGUUAUAAAUCCCCUGUUGAGGUCGGAAGAUUCGUCUUCCACUGGCCUCGAGGAAGAGCAGGCUCUGGCAGUAUUCCUAGUCGCGGCUGACCUUGGUAUCUUGAGGGGUUCCGACAACAUUGAGGUUACCGCGGCUCUAUCGAAACGGGUGGAAAAUAUGCUUCCUGCGGCAGACUUCCAACUGCUGCUUUCGAGCCUCGGCCCUGUGAAAAGGGUGGAUGCGGCGUUGGCCAGGAGAAUAACCCAGGAGCUUCUCAAUCGCUUGUCGACGUUGGAUUCUCUCCAACUAGCGAGCUUGGGGGUUGCUUUCAGCACCGAGAGCGAUGAGGCGCGGCGCGAGCUACUCACUGAGAUCGAUGGGAGGCUAGAGAGAGGUGAAGGCCUUUCUGAGCGCGACUUGGUGGAUUUGAUCAUCGCCACCUUGCGGCUGGACCCUUCCAAGCGAGAUGGGAGGAGAGCGGCUGCAGCUGAUCGAUUGGUCGGCCUCUUGUCCCGGCAUACAGCAGAAGAUGGUUUAGCCAUGGACGAACUGCAAUGGGCUGCCGAUGCGGCCACACUUCUCGGUGCCCAACAGAACGCUACUCUGGCAGAGAUGCUUCUCGAGAGCGGUCGGAAAGUGAUAACGGCCGACUGCGCUGCUAGUCCGAUGCUAAUCGACUUGGCUGUAUCAGUUAGUCAAGGGAUAGCAAUCAGUGAUGCCCCCUCUGGCAGCAGCUCGGCCUUUACUAUGUGGAUGCAGCAUCUCUGUUCUACGGUCAUCACACCUGAGGCUGACCUUCGUCUCAUCCUCCGGCUGGGUCAUGGGCUCCAACGGCUACAACGAGAUGGGCUGCAGUGGGGACUGACUUGGGACUUUAUCGCGCAAACUGUAUUAGGACGUCCAAUUGAGGACGAAGAGAUCUCGGAGGUCCUCUCACUCCUCUCUUUUGCGGCCGAUCAUGUCUGCAUGGAGAUCCCUCAAGACGGUUUGCAACCACUCGCCGCGCGAAUCACAUCGCCUCAGUUCGCCAAUAAUACCAACGUGCAUAGCCUGGCUUUGAUUGCCCUCAACUGCGUGAAGCUGUUGAAGGGGCCGGAGGGUUUCCUCGCUGAUUUAGUCCCUGCUUUGAAAUACCAGUUUUUGCGCGGGGGCACCCCUCCAGCUACCGUCUGCCUAACACUGAGUGCAUAUGGUCCCGCAUUCACUGCUCUGGUCGGAAAGAUCCUCCUCAGCGCAGUGUCGACUAACCCGCCCUCUCGAGACAGCGAGACCACCCUGGGACUAUUGAAGAGUCUUCGAGCUGGUCCCGAGGUCGAACGGGUUCUGGUUGAUUCGGGUCUUAUCUCUGCUCAUGACGAGUCGCACGGCUCUACGGCAUCCCAGACCAAUGCAAGGCAAGCGGCGGAGGCUCGGAUGAAGGCAGCGUUCAAAUUAUCUCUAGACUCACGACAGAGGCCAGUAACUGGCAGAAAAGGAAUCGCUUACUGUGGCGGUCGCCGACAACUGUAA